AUGGACUUUAAACGUAAGAUAGUGCUGUCACCAAAAUAUACGGCCGAUGAAGUUGUAGAAACCAGCUGGUUGUCUGGUCUAACAUCACAGAAUAUAGAUACAAACUAUGACAACACGACACGGUCAUCAGAAAACACGUUCAUAUUUACAAUGGGCUCCUGUGAUCGGCCACCGACAUCCCCGCAGCCUUCGGUAGACCGUCUAUCAGUGACCUGGGCUGAACCGGGAAGCAUGACUUCAUCAGGGGUCAAUUUAUUCCAUCUUCCUUCUGAAACACCGAUCAGCAAUGAGGUUAAGUUUGCACCAGCAGCUGGAGAUUUAUCGGAAGAUGAGGAUUACUCGGCCAGCUUAAGUGUUGUGCUGCGGCAAAGACGUGCUAGUGUCCGUCGCUCUCGGAAAGGUCGUAGCAGAAGACCCUCGUCGCCCUUUCUACCGGAUGAGAAUCGAUCUAGAAGACGUUCGUCUAUCUUCACUACGAGCUCUGGCGAUACAGCAAUUUCUAUUGAUGAAGCACCAUUGGUGACGCAAGAGCAAAUCUUUGAAAACAUUCAUCUCCACAAGGAAGUCCUUGGCUCAGUGAAACAACAACCACUUGGAAUGCGUCGGAAACUAAAGAUUGUCCAUCAGGCCAAAGGUUACAUAAAACGUCAUGAAGGGCAGCUUCAAGAACGGCUAGCGCAAUCAAAAAGUACACGGGACAUCUACGCUCGUUUUAACAUUCUAAUAGCUACGAAAUGGCAGCAACUAAAGCGUGAGGCGGCCAAUACGUCCAACCUGCUUAUACCCUGGGAACUACGCAUCAAGGAAAUUGAAUCGCAUUUCGGAUCAGUUGUAGCCUCCUAUUUCACUUUUCUGAGGUGGCUGUUUUGGGUUAACUUGGUUAUCGCCUUUAUUUUACUCGUGUUCGUCAUCGUGCCCGAGUAUCUCACCGCGAAUCCGUUACAAGAUGGGGAGAGAAAAAUCAUAAUGGAAGAAGAACGACCAAAUUCUACGAAACUGCUCACAGUUUGGGAGUUUGAAGGAGUGUUAAAAUAUUCUCCUAUUUUCUACGGCUAUUAUAGUAAUGUCGAAAGACCAGAAUAUCGAAUGCCGCUUGCUUAUUUCCUUACAGGAUUGGUGGUGUACAUUUAUAGUUUCGUCGCCAUAUUGAGGAAAAUGGCAGAAAAUUCACGUAUGUCAAAAUUAUCAGAAAAGGAAGACGAAUGUAUAUUUUCUUGGAAGCUGUUUACAGGCUGGGAUUUCAUGAUAGGCAAUGCAGAAACCGCUCAUAACCGUAUUGCUUCAAUCAUUCUAGGUUUUAAGGAAGCUUUAUUAGAAGAAGCUGAAAAGAAGAAAGAUUUAAGGAAUUGGCGUAUUAUUUCAUUGCGAGCACUGGUCAAUAUUUGCGUCAUUAUUCUACUUGGAGUAUCUGCAUACGCAGUAGUAACAGUGGUAUCUCGCUCUGAUGAUAACUCCAAAUCUCACAGUUGGUGGCGAGAGAAUGAAACUACUAUCGUAGUAACUGUAAUUUCGAUCACGUUUCCAGUCUUUUUUGAGCUCCUUGGCUUUUUAGAACAUUACCAUCCCAGAAAACAACUGAGACUCCAACUUGCAAGAAUUAUGCUGUUAAAUUUACUAAACUUAUAUUCACUAAUUUUCGCCCUAUUUAGUAAAAUUGAAGGAAUGAGCAAAGAAUUGGAUUCACUGCAACCAACUUUAAAUAUGAACGCAACUGCUGUUCCCGAAAAUGCAUUAGAUUUAAGUGAAUCAUUAAUAAAAAGUAUUCCAACAUCUUGUUAUGAAAUUGCUAUACCAUGUUUACCUUGCUAUUUGCUGACAUCGCCUCAACAGUUUUCUAAUGCAACUCCAGAAAACUCUUUUACUAUAAAAAGGUCUUCAACUAAAAUACCUUUUACAGUUAACAAAAAUGAUAAACUCAAAAUACCUCAAAACUUGAAAAAAUACGACAAUAAUGAAACAUAUACAGUAAUUGAAGAAGUACCUACUCCAAAUAGUAUUUUGCUUACAAUAAAAGAACUUGCCCGGCUUAGAAACAUAAGCAAUAUAACAAGAAACUCUACAGAAUCAGAUGAAACUAUUUUAGAAGUUUAUGACUAUGACAACGAUAUCGAAUACUAUGAGACAACUACGGUUGAUAUAACAACCUUAUCAAGUACUUUAACAAUGAGUAAUACAUCAGCUGACUACACAGAGGAAUACCCAAACAUCACGGAGCAACUUAAUAUAAUUAAUAAUUCCUAUUUUCAGAAAAUAGAUAUUUCAAGUAGUCCCUCCUAUGAAUUAUCUUUAAGUACUGGUACAAAUAAUGACACAGAUAUUAAGUCAACGACUGAAAUUAUAUAUGACGAUAAAAGUUUUAAUACAAGCGAAGAUUACUUAGCAGCUACAUUCGAAAAUAUUUUUUCUCAAUCGGAAACUUAUACUAAUAUUACAGUUCUUGAUACAACAGAAGCUACAGUAGAAAAUACAAGUUUAGAAAUUGUAAGUAACACUUCAAAUGAAUACAAUGAUGUAUCAACAACCACAAAUCAUCCAUUUAGUGACGAAAACUUAGAUACUUCAAAUUUCAACAACAAUAUACAUUUUUUCGAGAGUACUGCCGCCUAUAAUUCAGAUUGGUUAGAAAUAGAUAAUAUGAGCACAAUCGCAACAGAUUUUUUGACUAGCACGUAUAUCAACGAUUUAACAGUGUGCCCAAAUAUUACAUUCAAUUGGUCUAUUAGCUGUGGGGAAAAGAAUAUAACCCAAGUUUUUUUUAUGUUUAAUUGCUCUGUAACUGAAAUAAAGUGCUACGUAAAAGAAUGUGAUAUAUUAGUAAUACACAAAGAUACAAAUAAGCGUCAAUUAAACACAACUGCAGUUGAUAUCGUUUAUUUUGAUCAAAAUAACAGAAAGGUGUAUAAUCUAACAAAAGCUACUCAAAAGAAAUUAUUAAAACUUUGUUGGGAAACCAUGUUUGGACAAGAGUUAGUAAAAUUAACCGUGAUGGAUUUGGUAUUUGUUUUAUUAGGUACUUUGUUUAUGGACUUUUUUCGAGCUUUAUUCGUGAGAUAUAUGAACCGGUGUUGGUGUUGGGAUUUAGAAAAAAAAUUUCCUGAAUAUGGUGAUUUCAAAAUUGCAGAAAUUUGGGUUAAGCCUUCAUGGCAUUGUGGACCAUUCUCAGAAUAUGAAAAAAUUUAUCAAAUAUUGACGAAUAACAUAUAUAAACUCUUACCAAAUAGUCUUAACUUUGCACUUGAAUAUAUUGCAUCACCUGCCAUUGUUAUUCCAUUAUUGGUCCUGUUGAUACUGAUUAUAUAUUACCUAACAUCGCUGACUAAUUCCUUAAGAGAAGCUAAUAACGAUUUAAAGAUUCAAUUACGUCGCGAACGAACGGAAGAAAGGAGGAAAAUGUUUCAACUAGCUGAUACAAGAAGACGCGGAGGGCCUUCUGCUAUUGAUAGUACACCUUUCUCACGUUGGAAAAAAGCCUUACCGUCACUUCCUAUGAGCAAAUCUAUCGAUUCAGAAGAUCGGAAAACUGUAGCAGCAGAUGAAAUGAAAGAAAACCCAAAGAUCACAAAAAAGCAAGGUGGAAUAUUCGCAAAAAUUGUUGGCUUGGCCCUCGAUAAAAAGCCAAUAAUAAAAUCAGAAACAUCGAUACUGACAUUGCCUCGAACUACCGACGAUGAAACAGACACGGAAUUUCAUGAAAACUUACCGAAAGAAAUAUUAAAAAUCAAGGAUAUUACUGUCGUCAAAAUUGCAGAUCAUAAGAAAAAGUCUAAUGUUGAAUUCAAACACAAUGAAAAUGAAGUAGCAAAACAAAGGACUGAACCAGUUAAAAUAAAAAUAGAAAAGAUUGGUGAACGUACAGAAAAGAAGGCUAUAUUAGAGAAAUUUAAAGAAGAUAAAAUCAUUGAAGAAGAUACAAUCUCUUUAUCAUAUAAGACAGCAAACAAAGAAUUAACUAGAAAAAAAGAUGAAACUCUUGAAAAAAAAAUUAACAAAAAGCAGACAUCAGAAUCAAGCACUCAGUCAAAACAAUCAGAUUCAAUUAGUUCCGUAAUACCAGUUAUAACGAUUAGUACAACAGAAAGUGAUGAUGAAAUUUUGCAACCAUCAAGAAUAUCCGAGGAGACCAAUAAUAAAAAAAUUGAAUAUCAGCCUAAAGAGGAAGAACCUGCAAAAAAAUCCAAAAGAAAUACUUCCGAAUUAAAAUCACUUCGUCGACAAAGUAGCGUGGAUAGCAUUAAUGAAAACAAAGUAUAUAAAGGGAAAAUGUCAGAAGAUGGACAUAAAUAUCAAUAUUCUUUAUGA